GCCGCCUCCCGACUCCCGAGCUGAAAGCACACCCUCGUCUAGCCCCUCUCCUCACUCGGACAACGCAGCGACGCUGUGCCCCCUGCGCCUCCUCCUCUCCGUCACCAUCUGCCAGAUCCGAGCUAGCUCGCCGACCUCGACCCCUAGUCCUAUGGCGUCCUCACCAUUGCGGGGGCGCGGUCAAGGGAGCUAGGUUUCCGCAGUCACUGCGUCCCUUUUCUCUUCUUUGCUGCUCCCGUCGUCGCAUUCCUGUGCUGCUCCGUGUCCACCGUUUGCAUUCUUCCCAUUUGCGAGCUUGGUGUGGCGAUCUGCCCUCUUCUUUCUAAGUUUGGCGAUUCCACCUUGGACGAGGUUGCUUCCUGGUGGGAGGAAAAAUGAAUCGGAGCUUUAGGGCAGGAGCAGCGACAGGGAGAACGGUGACGAAAGAGGCGGACGAGGAGCUCGCCCUCUUUCUCGAGAUGCGCAAGCUGGAGAAGGAGCGGAACAACCUUCUCCUGCACGGCGCCGGCGAGCUCGAUCCGCCUCUGGGGGCUAAACCUGGGACUGCUCCCAUAUUCAAGAUCGCCUCAUCAGCACCGGCGCGCAAGGCUGGAAUCGAUGACUUUCUGAAUUCGGACAGUGAAAAGAAUGACUAUGACUGGCUUCUUACGCCACCAGGUACUCCACUUUUUCCAUCUCUAGAUACUGAAUCUAAAAGAUCUCCUGCUGGCAGCACUGGGACUCCAAAAGCUCGCCCCACGGUGCUGAAAUCUAGGUUAGCAAAUUCUCCAGAUCCUUCAAGGAGCACACUGGCACCAAGGCAACCAGCAUCAUCAUCUGGCUUGAACUCUGCGAUUGGAACCCGCAGACCAUCAUCAUCUGGUGGUACUACUCAUAGUUCAUCUAGACCUGCAACUCCAACCGGACGUCCAACGUUACCUGCUGCUUCAAAACCAACAAGACCUUCCACUCCCCCUUCUCGAACAACUUUGCCGUCAAAGUCAUUGGCUCCACCACGAUCGUCAACACCUGUUAGAUCUUCCACGCCGACAUCUAGGCCAUCACUGCCGGUAGUCAGCAAGCCUUCAUCAAGGUCAGCUACCCCUACAAGACGACCUUCUGUGCCAUCUACUGUAUCAUCCAGUUCUGCUCCAUCAAGUAGAUCAUCUUCUGUCACGAAGUCAGGUCCAACAAUAUCUAAAAGUUCAGUGCCGCCACAUGGAAGCUCUCCAACCAUAAAACCUAGACCAUUGAAACCCACAGACAUCCCUGGUUUUUCUCUGGAUGCACCCCCAAAUUUAAGGACAUCAUUGCCUGAGAGACCCUCCUCAGCUUCUCGGGGUAGACCUGGAGCUCCCAGCAGUCGAUCAUCUUCUGUUGAGCCUGGGCCAAACAUCCGUCCAAGGAGACAGUCUUGCUCUCCAUCCAGAGGGAGGGUUCCAAACGGUAGUGUUCAUAAAGGCACUUCUGUUCCACCAUCAAGCAGACCACAAGCAAGUGGCAGUGACAAUGUGAACCCUGUUAUAAUUGGAAAUAAGAUGGUUGAACGCAUAGUGAACAUGAGAAGACUUGCACCUCCAAAGCAAGAUGACCAACGAUCAAGCCAUAAUAACCUCUCUGGCAAGUCUUCUCUUUCACCAGAUGGUGCUGGUUUUGGGAGGACUCUGUCAAAGAAAUCACUGGACAUGGCGUUGAGGCACAUGGAUAUAAGGCGGAGUGUUCCUAACAGUUUGAGGCCAUUGAUGGCAAACAUUCCAGCAUCAUCCGUCUAUAGUGUGAGGUCAGGAGCCACCAGAAGCAGAACAGUCAGUGUUUCGGACUCUCCUCUGGCCACAAGCAGCACAGUCAGUUCUGAACAAAGUGUCAAUAAUAACAUGCUCGGUCUCGAUGGAAGUGAAAUCGAAGAUGAGAUUACUAGUGAUAAAAGGGGCAGGUGCCCUCCUGCUGUCCCCAACACCAGAUGACUAAACGGAAAAGUUACAUUCUGACUAAUUAUGUGGAAUCUAAGGUGAGUGCUUUUAGUCUCUCCUAUGAAUUGUUACUGGAGUAGCCGAGGAAUGCCUAUUUUUGGCCCGACCUGAUAAUAUUAGUACUUCCAAUUUGAUCUGUCCGGAUUGUUUGUUGGUGGCAUUAUGGUACAAAUGUAUUAAUCAUCUGAGUCUCUUCUACAUGUGGAAGUAGGUAUUCAAUGAAUUGUAUGAUCUGUUACCACACAUUUCCAAGACCAAUGCAGAUUGCUAAGCUUCCUAUUAGCUCUGCCAUUUUGCAAAGCUGAUAAUGUAUAUUUUAGGUAAUACUGAGUAUA